UUCUCUGGGGACCCCACACUGUGUCAAGACCACCAUAAUCUGUUGGGAGCAUCAACUUUCUGGGUGAGUAGGAGCAUCACUCACCCUGCUACCAUGGUGCAAUGGAAAUAUCCACUUAAAAGUAUAUUUUCACUGAAUUUUGCUGAUCUCUCCCAGUUUGGAGCAUGAUUUUCCUGAAAACCAAAGGUCAUUGCACAGUGAGGGGAGUACUGAUGGGAUGCCUCCUCCUCCUCCCGUUUGCUGCUGAAUUACCACUGCUAGAUAUGAGCAGAGGCAUUUGACUCAGCCACAAUGAAGCUAAUACACUGAUGAUGCAAAAGAGUGUGGCAGGAGCGGCCUGAAACCCUAAACUAACAGAUGAAUUCAUGUCGUAUGGUACAUCUGUCUCUGCUCUGCAAAUUCCACCGUGUCCUCCUUGAGACAGCGAGGCUCAGAUGUGAGCGAGGAAAAGCAGGGUGGCGUCGGGUGUGGUGUCAUGUGGUGGUGCCUCGCUAGAAGGCGGUGGUGCCUACACAAUGGGCUUCUGCUCCCUGCUCUGAGGGGAGGCAGCUUCCCCAGGCUUUGAGGGGAGGAGGGGGAAAGCACAGAGGAGGACGAUGGUCUUUGUGGAGAGGAAGGAAGAACCGAGUCUAAAAUAUCCAGUCCUUUCAGUCUUUAGGAGCUUGCUGCUGACCUGAGGGCAAAGGUGGGAAAGGGCCAGGACAGAAAUGUGAGAGGUCAUACCAUCUGGAGGCCUGCUUGCAAACUGGGGACUACAUCCACAGCACCCAAACCUCAAAGGGCCCUGAUGUCCUUGGGAGGGAGCAGGUGACUUGGCUAGGGAGUUAUGUGGCUGCUCCCUGCCUAUUGCACUUCCAGGGCUGGCCCUUGUUUCCCUUCUAAAGCCACAGCAUGAUGCUUUCCAUCCUCCCUGCCAUAUUAUGGAGUCUUGUUUUUCAGUUGUCUCCUGUCUCAAAUGAGGACAACUGUACAAGGAGAAAUGGGAUAAAGAAAGGGAAACAAGAACAAGAAGGAAGAUAGAGCAAGAUAAAGGAAGAUAUGGGGAAAGAAAGCAUGUCUGCCAGAAAGAGGAGGGAGCCAGCGGGGUUCCUCAGCUAGUGGCUAAAAGCCCAGCAUAAAUUUGGAACAGUAUUCACACCGGUGUGUGAAGCUGUGAGUCAGGCACAUUCCUCCAUGCAGUGGUCAAGGCAGCUUUCAGGGGGUUGGUUUAGGGGGGCAGGGCUCACCUCUCCAAAGUCUGUCUGAGCUGAGCUGACAGACUUGGGAGCAGAAAUCUACUUGUUCAUCCACUGUUUCUGUGGGCCCAGCAAACUCUGGAGACGCAACAAAGCUAGUGAAGAAAAGAGACAUUUCCUCCUGGCUGGCAGAGGUUAUCUUGCAUGUAUUGGUCUUGAAAGAAAAGGCAGUGUCCCUUUUUUGGCUCUUUCAUGGUUAAGGAAAACAACAGGACAGAACUUGUGAUGGACAACAUCAGCAAAAUGGACUGGGCAGCUGGAGGUGAGGAAUAGUCUUUUCUGGAGCACCCUGUCUAUGUCUGAUGAACUCUCCCCAUUCUUCCCUUGACUGCUUUGCUGUUAAGAAUAGAUGCGUCCUGUAUAGCCAGGGCGGAAGGCAGGAGGAAGGAACAGGUCUCUGAGAGCUUGAUUUGCUUUUGCUUAACUACCCAAAGAUGUCUUACAACACUUCUCUCAUCAGCCCAAGUCCUAGAGAGGAUCCCAAGGGUGGCAGUUUCUUGGAGGAAAGCAGUGGUGGGGGUGAUGACAGCAAUGUCCUGGGAGGGGACAGCCUGGUCACAGGGCUGCUGGGUGCAGUGCUGCUGGUCAUGUGCCUCACUGGGAUGAUGGGGAACAUCUACACAGUGGCAGUGGCCUCUGGCAGGGUGGCAGGCUGCUCAGCAGGCUCUUUGGGGGUCUACAUGAUCAACCUUGCCCUGGCCGACCUCCUGUACCUUUCCACCAUCCCCUUUGUGAUUUGCACCUACUUCGCCCACAACUGGUUCUUUGGAGAUGUGGGUUGCAGGCUUUUGCUCAGCCUGGACCUCCUCACCAUGCACGCCAGAAUCUUCCUCCUGACCGCCAUGAGCCUCGAGAGGUACUGGGCGGUGGCCAAGCCUCUGCGGGCCAGCAACGCCUGCCGCAAACUGGCCAGCGCCAUCCUCUGACUUUUGGCUGGGGUCAUGUUGAGAAAUAAAAAGUG